UUAUAAGAGAUCCGGUUCUUACCGGCAUUUCGUCCACGAGGCCUCCAGGAGAAAACCCUAGUUCACUGUGGCCGCAUUAUUUUUCAAUUGCUUCGUCGGCAGGUUUUACGCCUGAUCUUUAAGCAAAAAUGGUGAGAGUUAGUGUCUUGAAUGAUGCUCUUAAGUGCAUGUACAAUGCAGAGAAGCGAGGGAAGCGUCAGGUCAUGAUUCGACCAUCCUCCAAAGUCAUUAUUAAGUUUCUCCUGGUGAUGCAAAAGCACGGAUACAUUGGAGAGUUUGAGUACGUUGAUGAUCACCGAUCUGGUAAAAUUGUGGUUGAACUUAAUGGAAGGUUGAAUAAGUGUGGUGUCAUCAGCCCACGCUUUGAUGUUGGUGUCAAGGAAAUUGAGGGAUGGACUGCAAGGUUGCUUCCCUCUAGACAGUUUGGAUACAUUGUGCUGACCACAUCUGCUGGCAUCAUGGACCAUGAAGAGGCUAGAAGAAAGAAUGUUGGUGGGAAAGUACUUGGCUUCUUCUAUUGAGCUAUUUGUAGUUUUGAGAACGAAUUUAAAAUCUAGCAUCCUCAAAAAAUAGCUUUUUGCGGCAAUUUUGGAAGUCCUUUAAUGCUCGAGUAGCUGUGUUUGCUUUACUUUUUGUUGCUUAGAAAUUCAGGUAGGGAUUUAGCUGCAAUUUUCAGAUGUUAUUGCCUUAAUUGACUGCUAUUUUGUGGCAAAGAGUAGCGACUGUUCAUUUCUUUAGUUGUUUGAUAUUUCUUUGGGUGCGUAGCUAUCUCCUUUCAGAUUAUUAGUUCAACUUUGGGUUUUUAA